AUCUGCUGGAUGGGAAGUGUUUCUCGCACCCGCCAAACCGCGGGUGGGUUUACGCUUCCAGGAGCCGAGUAUCCCGAAGCGUGAUUCUUUUUCCUUCUCUGGCGGCGGAGUGUUAAAGAACGACACGGCAAUGUUCCCUUCCGGCCCAUUAGCCGCGAAGGUGCCCCUCAGUUGACUGGCUUUAUUCUGUAAGGGUAGCGCUGUGAUUCCAUCUUCAUUCCCAUUAGAAACCCAAAGCAACAUCUAACUGUAAAACUACAAAGGCAAAGAACUAGCCAUUUGAUAACAAGCAAUGGAUGGAGAAGAGAAAACAUACGGUGGUUGUGAAGGCCCCGAUGCAAUGUAUGUGAAGUUGAUAUCCUCUGAUGGUCAUGAGUUCAUUGUUAAACGAGAGCAUGCACUCACAUCAGGAACAAUAAAAGCUAUGUUGAGUGGUCCCGGACAAUUUGCAGAAAAUGAAACAAAUGAAGUCAAUUUUAGAGAGAUUCCUUCUCACGUCCUAUCCAAAGUAUGCAUGUAUUUCACCUACAAGGUUCGCUACACUAACAGCUCCACAGAGAUUCCUGAAUUUCCAAUUGCCCCUGAAAUUGCACUGGAACUGCUGAUGGCUGCAAACUUCUUAGAUUGCUAAAUAAAAUAAAUUAUAAUAAAAAUGUAAACCUCACCUCUGUAUUUAAUGCUAGUAGUUCUGUUAGUAACUAUUUCUUAGAUGUUCUGUAUGUUUAAGAAGUAUAAUGACCAUUGCAGAGGCUGUUACCCACAGUGCUUUUGCAUCGGAAUCAUUUGUGCUUCAAUCUUGUUUUGCUGCUUACACAAAUAAUGGACCGACAAAUAAACUUGUCAAAUAACUGAUGACUUAA